AUGGCAACCAUUUCCAAUGAUCAAAUUCCCACCAAUCUCCCGAUUCUUGAUUCGAAGAACUAUGAUAAAUGGGCAAAACAAAUGAGGGUUUUGUUUGGUUAUCAAGAGGUUGGCGAUUGUGAAUCGGCGAAGCAAGCAUGGGAAAUCUUGGAGAAAGCAUAUGCCAGUGCCGUCAAAGCGAAGGUUGUAAGGUUACAAACUUACAAGCGACAAUUCGAGUUAACACAAAUGGAAGAUAAAGAAACGAUCAACGACUAUAUUACGCGCAUUACCCGGUUAGUUAAUCAAAUCAAAUCUUGUGGGGAAACGAUUCUUGAGCAGAAUGUUGUAUCGAAAGUAUUGCGUUCGUUAACACCGCGUUUCGACAACAUAGUUGUGGCUAUUGAAGAAUCAAAGGAUCUAACAACUUUGAGCAAGGAUGAAUUUCAAAGUUCGUUAGAGGCACAUGAACAAAGGAUGGAUGAGAGAGGCGCCGACAAAGUCAAAGCGGAGAUUGCUUUGCAAGCGCGUUUCAAUGAGAAGAAUAAGAGGUCAAAAGGAAAAUUUGCGGCGAGAGGUAAAUCAAAUUUUCAGAAUUUUGGUUCAAAUGAUUCGCAAAAUUCAAAGCAUUCGACGAGUGAAAAGGGUGAAUGUAGCUCCAAGGAUAGUGGUCAUAGCAAUGGUUUCAAGAAGCGUGAUGUGAGUAAGGUUCAAUGCUACAAGUGCAGAAAGUUUGGACACUUUGCAAAUUCGUGUCGUAGUAAAUCGAACGAGAAUCACAAUAAUGAAGACAAGGUUGCUAGGGAAGAGGUAGAUGAUGAGGACACACUUCUAGUAAUGAUCACGGAGGGGAGUUAUGGCAUUACGGAUGUUCCGGGAAGCAGCUACUGUAGUGACAGUUUGCGGGACAGCAGCUGUACCGUUCCCGAAAAUAGUGAGAAAAUGCAUUCGGAUCGAAAUGCAUUGGUUACCAUUCGUGAUGGAGUCUAA